GGCGAGCCACUCACCCCAGGCCCUCUCCGGGGGUUCCCAACCUCCAAAGGACAGACAAGCGCCGCCAACUCGGUGCCCAGCGGACCCACGCCAGCCUCUCGCCCGGAGGCGCUGCGCCCAAGCCCGGAGGCCCGGCGAGCGCCAGCGGAGGAGCCCCGCAGACGCCAUGCUAAAAGCCAAAAUGGCUGCCCCGAGGAUGCCCGCAGCGCGCCGCCUGUGAGGAGGGAGCCGGCCGCUGCGGGAGCGGGGGAGGGGGCGCCGGGGACGCAGUCGCCGCUCGCCACGCCGGAGCCUCCCCCAGGCUGUAGCUGCACACAGCCCUUGCCGUAACUUUUAAUUCUCUUUGGAAAGAAACUGGCCAGCGGGGAAAAUGAUCAAGUUUUUCCUUAUGGUGAACAAGCAAGGCCAGACCCGGCUCUCUAAGUACUAUGAGCACGUAGAGAUCCAUAAGCGGACUCUUCUGGAAACGGAGGUCAUCAAGAGCUGUCUGUCUCGAUCCAGCGAACAGUGCUCGUUCAUUGAAUAUAAGGAUUUCAAACUCAUCUAUCGGCAGUAUGCAGCUCUCUUUAUUGUGGUCGGAGUUAAUGACACUGAGAAUGAAAUGGCUAUUUAUGAAUUCAUACACAAUUUUGUGGAAGUUUUAGACGAGUACUUCAGCCGAGUGAGUGAACUAGAUGUAUCCUUUUUCAGAACAUUUUUCCAUGGUAUGUGGCAAAGCCCGCUCACUCUAGGUGUAGUCAGGUUGUCCCAUUCUCUGUAGACAGACUUCACUGAGCAAAUACAAUGGAGACUUUGGACAUCAGGAACUGAACAAAACCAGGUUAUAAUUUGUUUUGUAAAGAUUCAUAAUCACAAACUCACUGGUGUCGAUGAAGUUUGUCUAUUUGAAACAGCAGUUUCUCCCUUCCAACAGCUCUUUAAAACCAGAACCUCGGGUUUCAGAUGGAAAAUUAAAGAGCAUUUGAGGAUUGUAGCCACCCUGCCCACAGUUAGACACCCAGAUGAAUGCAUUCUCAGGGAGUAUGGCUCUUUCUGGUUUCUCACUGCCCAGUGCCCUCUUCUUCCCAAACAGAGACUAGUUUUCCAGUAAGUGCUCCACCACGUUAAGCCUUCAUCAUCCAAGUGUUGGGACUCUCCAUUUGAGAAACUCACAACUUGCGUCCUUGGGGAGUUUAGUUAGCAUGCCUCCCCUCCUCUAUGCCUUUCUUCUCUGGACUAUUUUUCUUCUGCCAGGCAGGGAAGACGGUUGAUGACACGGGCCGAGAAGGGUGCCUGUGGGUAGGUACAGCCCUGGGGCUGAGGUGCAGGCCCAGGAGGGUGCCUGUGGGUAGGUACAGCCCUGGGGGCUGAGGUGCAGGCCCAGGAGGGUGCCUGUGGGUAGGUACAGCCCUGGGGCUGAGGUGCAGGCCCAGGAGGGUGCCUGUGGGUAGGUACAGCCCUGGGGGUGAGGGAUGGUGUUGACUUGGAGCCCCAGGCUCCUCAAGAGAAGCCUGGAGAACAGAGCAGUCAGUGCAGCCCAGAUCUGGCUUUUACCAGUCCUGUGACCUCAGCCAAAGACUUUAGACACUUGCUUCUGUGUAAAUGGGGAUUGUAGAGAAGACCGAGAUAUCAUAGUAACACCUUGGUCAUGAUGCCUUGAGCAUAGUGAGCAUUCAGCAUACAUUGUGUUAUUACUGAGGUCAAAUUGUUUUCUUGCUGAAACGUUACUUGCUGUGUUCUCUGGCAUGGAAUAGGUUCUAGCCCGCUUUGGUAACAAAAUGGGCUGUUCUGGAUUGGGGUGUUGCUCAGGACUGGAGUGCUGCCUGACGCGCACGGCCCUGAGUUGCAUACACACACAUACACACACACAUACACACACACACAUACAUACAUAUACACACAUACAUACACACAUA